CCGGAGCACAACGAGGAGGUGCGAAAAAUUACCAUGGUGCUGGAGCUAUGCGAACUCCUUAGUGAAUUGGCUGAACGCCGGGCAUCAGCUCUGGCUGAUUGCACUGCAGCCAAUCCUCAGGUGGCUACGAUGCAAACGACUACUCCCAACAGCAUUUCGGCCGCUGCUACCCCCAUUGCGGUUGUUGCUGAAAUUGCGACCUCGAAUGGGACAGCUGCCCAGGAGUCAUCCAGUUCUAUUGGUAGGUUUAUUUUACUUUCAGAUUUUCCAAGCAUUAUGGAUAAAUUGAAUACGAUUACUUGCAGACGCUGA